AUGAAUGAUGGGGUAAUACAACUAAAAGGAAAUAAGAUUCCUAAAGGGUUGGUCUCCUUAGAACGUCUCUUUGAUCGUCAUGAUGCCUUUAAGAAGGGAAAAGAUGAACGGAUUCCUGUAGUCCAAGAUGCUGGUGGUUAUGAAAGAGUUAAUAUUGGAAUUGAGGAGAAUCCAAAGUAUGUUAAUCUAGGAAAAUGUUGCACACCUGCAGAGAAAGAAAGAUUCACAAGUCUCCUAUUGGAAUACAAGGAUGUUUUUUCCUGGUGCUAUGAUGACCUGAAGAACUUCAGGGAAGGAAAAUUUCAUCAUCAUAUUCCUUUGAAUCCUGGAACAAGCCCUUUCCAACAAAAACUUAUAAACUUUAACCACAAAGUUGCUGAAGCCAUAUUUCAGGAGAUUAGUGUUUCAGAAAGCGACCAACAUAAAAUUUCUUUCAUCACUCCCUGGGGCACUUUCGCCUAUAACAGGAUGCCAUUUGGUUUGAUAAAUGCUAGGGAAACUUUCCAGAGAGCUAUGGACUUGUCUUUCGGCCAUCUCGAAGAUAAGAUAAUUGUUAUAUAUAUUGAUGAUCUAAUUGUCUUCUCAAAGAGGAGAAAACAUCACCUAAGAGACUUAAGGCAAGUAUUGCAAAGAUGCCGGGAACAUGGAGUGACAUUGAACCCAAAGAAGUCAGCAUUUGGGGUAACAAAAGGAAAAUUACUUGGUCACACCAUCUCUAAAGAGUGA